CUCUGCUCAGUUUUCGGAUCGAAUUUUUUUGUUCUUCUCUUCGUUAAUAAAAUCACGUUUUUCACGUUUUUUUAUUUACUCUUUUCCGAUCAGAACAAGAACUAAAACAUUUCUAGGAGGAGAAACGGUGAACAAACUGUCGCCGGAUCUCGCCGCCAUGGAAGACGGUUGUCGGAGUGAGUUGACUCGGUCUAACUCCGAAUCCUCUGACAUAACUGUUGAGAGCUCUUACCAGUAUCCAAAUGAAACAGUGCAGGGCCAAUCUGCAGAGUGGACAAAUGAGAAGCACAAUGCCUAUAUUAGGCAUUUAGAAGCAUCGUUUGUUCAGCAAUUGCAUGAGUUGCAUUGUUCCACAGGGUUCCAAGGAUAUCGAUCACAAGAAACACGGGGACCAUAUACAUCCCAAACACUAUCAGCCCACACUCGUUUUUCACCUCACCAGUUGAUGGUUCUACCAGAUGGCUGCUGGCAGAAGAAUAAGCUUACAGAGGAAGAAUCUUUGUUUGAGAGCACAGCUGAUUCUCAUGGUACACUAGAAAGUCCAGGGAUACGUCGUUUUACAACUGUAGGUAAACUCCAGACUGCAACAUCUUUUGAUCCCCAGGACCACAGUGUGCUUUGUGAUGAGGGAUACUAUUUGGGAGAGGAUAUGACUUUCUCUGCUGAAUCGGCUGGAUGUUCAGGGCAGCACCAAGACUAUCACUUAUGCCAUCAGAAUUCAGUUGGCAGUACUACGGAAGACAAGCCGCGGAACAUGGCAAGAAGAUCGCAGACUACUGCCUUUGAUGAUCCGAAAUCUGAUCAGGUUCUGCCAAGAUCUGGUACGCAGUACUUUUUAAGAGGAAGCUGAGUUGUGACUUUUUGGCCUGAAGUUUGAAAUUUAAACUUAACCCUCCAAUGCACCCAGAAUCUCCAGGUACCUAGCUGAAGAAGCACGAGAAAAAUAUUGGUGGUUAUAUUUUGUUGACGGUUCUUGCUGAUAACUAAUUGAUGAUUUUGCUACAUAAGAUCUUGACAGAUAAUAGGUCAGAAGCAUCUGUAUAAGAACUUGUAUGUUUAGAUAAGAUUUGCAGUAGUUGCAAUUGAUGGAUGAGUAAGUGGGUGGCAUUAAGUUAGGUGUUUUAGAUAAGUAUACUACUUUAUAUUCAUGUCUUGUAUCUGUAUUUUGUAAAUAGAAUGGCAUUGUAUAUAGAAAUUAUGCAAUGUAUAAUAGAUGUAGGGAGAUGAGAUACCGCAAUUUCUCAGCUAUAUCGUUAACCAGGUAUCAGCCAUGUUGUUGUCUGCAUCUUUUUGUGUCAUUCAUCAGUGUCCUCUUAUCAGAAAUUUUAACUCACUCUGUUGAUUUGUUAAUUUAUUAUGAUUUUAGAAGGCAGGCAUUGAUGUAGUUGAAAUUGAUGGAAUUUUGUAAUA